AUGCCCGGAUACCAGAAAGGCGACCAGGUUGAAUACCGCCCCAUCGGUGGCGCUGAGGAGAACGUUGCCCACUCGACCGGUGUCGUCGAGGACGUCUUCGAAAAUGAGGACGGCCAGACCCGUUAUGCAAUCAAGAAUGACAACACGGGCAAGUCCACCAACUACCAAGAGAUGAACAUUGUUCGCAAGAUCUGA